AAUGAUUGCCGCCUCCGAACCUCUGGAGUUUGUGCCACACGGCAGGACAGUGGUAACGAAACACCCUGGCAAAAUUUACAACAAAGGUCACAAUAAUUCUAUCUCUGAAAAUUCACUAUUAUACAAGUUAACUAACUUUGCUAUAAAAGAUGAGAGUCUAUUGGAAGUGAAGGAGGCAGAGGACAGGGAAUGGUGGACUGUCAGAGAAGUGUAUUCCAGGGAUGAACAGGAAAUUAAUGAUGACCCACCCAUGUCUUCGAAGGAGAAUAAAUAUGAUUAUGCAUCCGAGUCUUUUCGUCCCCCAAGCCGAGUCAAAAGUGACUUUAAUGCAUCAAUUAAAUCUGAGCUUUUGUGUGGUGCCAAGAAAAUGGAUACAGAAUGUUUUAAUUCAGCUGGACCAUCUAGAGGAAGCAGUGCAAAUAGCUCUAGUAAUAUGUCUAAAAAAUUUAAUCUAACCUCUGGUCAGUAUAAAAGUCCAAACAAAAGGCCCUUAAAUUUUAGAACUGAUUGCUCUUAUGAAGAGGAAUUAUAUGUCAAGGGGUGUACUGCUGUUUGGUCGAAAGGCCUAAUAUCCACACCUGCUACAAAACUCUCUGCGUCUGAACACAGAGAAACAAUUUGUUGUUAUACUUUGGAAAACCCUAUAAAACAUGCACAUUUUUGUAAUUUUCAUGUAAACAUCAAUAAUACAAUGCUAAUUGAUGCAUUAAAUUCACAAAUAGGGGAUAUCAAGAAAAACAUCAAAAUUGAAGAUACUACUGAACAUAUUCAGACUAAAGUAAUUUCUACUAUUCUCUUAAUGGAUAACAAAUGUAUGAGAGUAUUUGGAACUGAUGGUCGGGAAUAUAUAAACAGUGUACCAUUUCAAGUUAAAAAAAUAUGGCCAAUGAAAUAUGGUGUCUUACUAGAAAAAGAAGCAACACCUUUAAUUCAAAAUUCUUUAUUAGCAAAUUCUUUUUUUAAACUGAAUGAAUCUCAUAACAACAGUACAUUUUCAAGAUCAAAAUCAAACUUUCCAUUCAACAUGAGCGCAAAAUUACGUGCGGAAUCCAUAUCAGGUUAUGAACAUGAUGUUCCACUACCUACAUGUUUCUCUUUAUCCCAUCCGUUGGAUGAAGUAACUCCUAUAUUAAUGAAGUCAUCACAUGGUUUGCAAUACUACACUGAUGGAGAUUGGCAAAUAAUAUUUGUGAGUUCAAACCCAAGUAUUGUCCUUUUAUAUGACUGGAAAAUAGCUACACACUCUUUGUGGAAAAUUCGCAAAGCACUUCGGGAGGAAUGUUUGACUAUGUGUCCAAAUUUAAAUUCUACUACAGGAGUAUUUAGUCAGUCAUGCGAUUUUGUGGGUAGUCCAAUGCAUAGCAAUGUGGGACGAAAUGCUACGAGUUGGAUUACUGGAAUUGGGAGUCCUUAUCACUCUAAGAGAGGUCCUAGCACACCUACUCACUCCCAUUCACGUUUGAAUAGUCCAAUGGCCAGUAUUUUUCAUCAGCAAGGUAUGUCGCCGCAUGCAUCUAUAGGCCAAGCUUCAUCAGUAUCAAUGAUGCCCCAUGCUGUGGCUCAAACGCCGCCAUCGUUGCCUUUAUAUCCUGAUAUAUGUUUAGAUCAUAUAUGGACUGACAGUCAGUCAAUUCGAAGAGAUCCUAUAGAAUCCCAGUCUGAUAUAAAAACAUUUCUGCAUACGGAUUUAGUUGGACAUGAUUACUUAUGUUGCAUGAUAAAAGUUAAUGGUGUAAGUCGACUUCAGAUUAUAAGAUUACAGAAAUCACACUCCCAUGGACAGUCGACCAAGAGCAAUAUCAUUGUGGGUUCUAUAUCAUCAGUUUAUGCGAAGGACGCGGUUGUGUUAGAUAAUUUGAAAAUGAUCGCAUUGAUUGAUGAAUCUGGCAAUAUAAUUUUACAGUCAGGAAACAGUUUUGUUGGCAAGGUACAUGUUGGCGGCGUAUUGGCGCGUCUAAUAGACUCUCCUUAUACUAAACGUUCUACAUUCCAAUCGCCAUUCCCAAGGCGCAGCAGUUUGUUACCAAGCCGUUGCACUGACGCGAAUUUUGACGAUUCAGCUUUACAUCUCCUAUCACCGGUCCCUCACAGUUCUGUUUCGAGGAUCGAACAAAAAGAAACUUUAGGAUUAAGUGGUCUCUGUGAUCCGGCCGGUUCUCGCGUCACGCUACAAUUCGGCGCGGAUGGCGCGGAAGGCCUUUACCGUAUUUCGUUGCCCGCGCUCGCCUGCGCCACGCUUGUAGCGCGCUGUUGUGACGCACUCAGAGCCAUCUUGCCCAAAGAUAUCGGCAUGCUGGUUAUAAUAAAAUGGUAUGGAGUUCGAAAUGCACCUGGUACUCAAGAUCUAACUCCCGAACAAGAAUGGUCAAUGUUUUCUAACCUCCUCUUUGCACUAAUUGGAUAUGAUGUCGAAAGAUUAACCCAAACCAAACAGAAUGAUGAUCAAGUUGAACAUGCAGAGGUGGCAACCAAAAAGCAAAGAACCUCUAGUGAUGGAACACAUGAAGAUUGGGAAUAUUUGUUGAACACUAAAAUGCAUAAAGUAAUCGGAAACUCUUUAGUGUCAACAUUACACUUACAUCCCAUCCAGAACUCAGAAGGCAGACAAACAAGAAAUUCAAAAUCAAAAAAUAAUGUGGAGAUGGAGAAAUGUGCGCAGUUCAAUAUAAAUUCAUUGCUUUUUCCAUAUACUGUUCAAGUGCUAUAUGCUUUCCAUUUGGUAUAUGAAGAGAUAAAACUAAACACACUAUUGUGGGCCUAUUUAAAACCCUUAUCCAGCUUCUUAUAUCAAAUAUCGAGAGAUUUGAGAUUAGACAGAUAUGUCAAUCACUAUUGGUUAGAUUUUCCUACAGAGUACAAUAUAGAUUAUGAUCAAACAGAUUCACAGAUGUCCGAUCUAGUAUUGAGUAAGCUUUGUCCACCAUCAUAUUUUAAUCAGGAACCACCAAAUGUGUUUAGCUACUUGAACUCAAUGUUAAGGGAUAUCGAUGUCGGAUACUACCCUCAUCUCAUCGACGUCAAUAACAUGUCGAGAAACAUUAUUGAGGUGCUGACAAUAGUGGAGUACGGUCGCAACGGCGGCGUACAGACGAUGUCGGGGCGCGACGCCGUGGGCGCCAGCAGCACGCCGCGCGGCCGCGCGCCCGCCGCCGCCCGCCCCCACCCCCACCCCCACCGCCCCCACCGCCACGCCGUGCGCGCCCUCUGCGACCGGGGUAUAACAUUACGGGACAUUGAUAACCUACCUCCAGCCAUUGGUCUCCUGAUGUUAACAAUAUUCAGUCGGUGCAAAAGUGAACCACCUGUGGAUUGGCCACAAGAGGCUUACAAACUCGUGAUGAGGGAGGAUCUAUCACAACAAGCUGAAAUUGCUGAAACUAUUAAAUCAACUUCGGAAUAUAUGGAGACUUUAGCACUGGAAGUUCUCGAGAAAGAGACGGCAUAUUCACUGAACACAAACGCCAUGGAUGAACAUGUAAAUACCAAGAGUGAAGACAAUGAAACUAUAACCGGUAUGGAACAUCUCAACUCAAGACUCCUUGCUCUGCUUUACCCAAGAGACCACAGGAUGACUGAAGUAUUCAAUUUAUUGCAAUCUUCAAUACCGGUUACUAUCAAUUUGACACAAAGACCAGAAGUAUCAGACCACGACUUCAUUGAAGAACAAGAGAAAUAUCUUUUUGCUAUAAGUACUCGUACAAUGGCUCUACCAAUUGCAAGGGGCAUGGUGUCGGUGCGCACGGCGCCGUGCUCGCCGACGGAGCCGGUGGGCGUGCCGCGGCUGUGCGUGGCGGGGCGCGGGCCGCCGCCGCGGUGUCCUCCGGUGAGCCUGCCGGCCGCGGAGGCGUCGCCGCACUGCCUGCUGUGGCCGUCCUUCCACAACGGCGUCGCCGCCGGGCUCGCGCUCGUGCCCAUGACCGGCGCCAGCAUAGAUUCCAGCUGGAUCAUUUAUAACAAGCCCAGGGGUACGACAGAAAUGUCCACAGAACAUGCCGGGUUUCUAAUGGCGUUGGGCCUCAACGGUCAUUUGCGUGAUAUGCCUUUCAUGAACAUGUACGAGUAUUUGGUCAAAUGCCACGAGAUGAUCAGCAUCGGCUUGCUACUGGGACUCGCUGCUACAUACAGAGGAACCAUGGACGUUCAAGCAACAAAAAUGAUGAGCAUCCAUUUAGAACCGUUACUGCCUCCAACGUCGAUUGAGUUAGACAUCCAGCAGAAUAUCCUUGUAGCAGCACUACUAGGUGUCGGUCUUAUCUAUCAGGACACUGGACACACACAUUAUGCGCAAGUACUACUUAAUGAAAUUGGUAAACCGCCGGGCCCCGAGAUGGAGAACUGCGUGGAACGUGAGGGCUACGCGCUGGCGGCCGGGCUAGCGUUGGGCAUGGUGUGCGUUCGGUCUGGCAGCCGCGCGCCCGCACACGUAGCUCGUCGUCUCCGUACCUACAUGCUCGGCGGCGACAAACUACCUCUCACAGGCGCGCAGAAAGAGAAAUACAAGCAAGGGUCGUUCGCGAUCCGCGAGGGCUCGACCGUGAACUUGGACGUGACGUCGCCUGGCGCGACGCUGGCGCUGGGCCUGAUGUACAUGCGGUCGGGCUGCGCCGCGCCCGCCGCCUGGCUGCAGGCGCCGCGCACCGCCUACCAGCUCGACUUCGUGCGCCCCGACCUCCUCAUGCUGCGCAUCAUAGCCAGAGGACUAGUAUUAUGGGACAGUAUCGAAGCAAGUGAAGAAUGGAUCGAAGAUCAAGUACCGUCAACAAUAAAACCUUAUUGUUUUGUGAAGCCCACAGACGAUACUAUUGAUUAUGAAGCAAUGAACCAGGCGUACUGCAACAUAAUAGCGGGUGCGUGCUUCGCAAUGGGCCUGCGGUUUGCUGGAUCGGGCGAUGAGGACGCUCGCGAUGCGGUGCUGCACUUCGCGCGGCUGUUCCUCACGCUCGCUGGGAAAAGUAUCGCCGAGCUCGCUGGCCGGUCUACCCUCGAGACCUGCCUUUGCGUGUGUCUGCUAGCUGCUGGAAUGAUAAUGGCGGGUCGCGGCGAUAUGUCAGUGUUACGAGUAUGCCGGCGACUUCGCGCGCGCCUGCCGGCCGCCGCACCGCCCGCUGCGGGCCGCGCCGCCACCGCCGCGCCCGCGCUCACACACGGCGGCCAGAUGGCAGUUCAUUGUACUAUUGGACUAUUGUUUUUGGGAGGAGGUCGGGCAACAUUGAGCACUACUCCUACCGCAAUAGCGGCAUUGCUAGCCGCCUUUUUCCCCAAGUUUCCGACACACAGCGAGGACAAUAGGUACCAUUUGCAGGCCUUCAGACAUCUAUAUGUGUUAGCUGUAGAAGCUAGACUUAUAUUGCCACGUGAUCUUAGUACCGGGAAACUGUGCUAUGCUAAUAUACAGGUGAUAGAUCUUGAGGGUGCUGUGAAGGAAAUGAAGGCGCCGUGUAUUAUACCCGAAUUGGAUAAACUGAAGGAGGUCAAAAUCAACGACCCGAGGUACUGGCCUAUGACGUUCCAGAGAGACCGCAAUUGGGAUGUGUUAAAGACGUUCCUUGAUUACACAUGGUGUAUUGACAUAAAACAACGCGCCGGAUGUCUGUCAUACCUCGACGACCCUCAAGGCUUUCUCACCAUAUUGGCACAAACAUUAACACUGGACAAAUCGAAUAUUUGGUCAGCAACUCCCGAAAACAUUGAUUUAUUCUCGAACGACGAGCAAAUCCGGAACUUUAUCAAACAUUAUUUAAUCAAAAGCAAGGACACUGCUUCAAAUAUUUGUGGGGACUGUUUGUUGAUAUCGAAAAAGCGGAAAGGUUUAAAGAAUGAGCCGUUUAUGGCGAAACAGUGUCAGUGCAGGAGAUACAGCAAGGAGGAACAGGAACAUGCGCAAGCGCUCAGUAUGGUCACCUAUGAAUGUGUUGUCAAAGACAUAUUAUGUGCUUUGCCUAUAUGGACGACAUUUUUAAAGAUAAUAAAAACAAUGAAAACAGACCCAUCAUCCUAUCACAUAUGGCAAAUUAAACUACUGUUAUCACAAGUGGAAAAUCACAAUAGGAAAUCAAUGAAUGAAAUGAAAGUAGACGGGCAAGACGUGAUAAACGAACCUCUCAUAUCAACUGAGUUCACGCUGGCCAUUAAACAGAAGGUGUCCAACAUCUUUGAUAGUUGGGAAGAAAAGAUCACACCCUACCUGAGAAAAUAUCUAGGUUUGCCGAGUAGUAGGAGAAUUAAUGCUUUUCCAGAAGAAAUGAAGAAGAUAUUAAGCGCUUUCGUAAUAUAUAAUGAUUUGCCUAAAGGCGUAUUGAAUAGCUUUGUCAGUGAUAACGACUUAGAAGUGUUGCUAGGUCUUGAGAAGCAUAAUUUAAGUGCGGAAGCUGUGAGCAAAAUCGAAGCUCUGCUUAGAUGAUUGAGGUCCCUUUCUAGUGGCUAUGUGACACGAUCGAGAUGUCACGGAGACUGUGUUCAUGAUUGGUGUUGUUAGUUCGUCUUAGCUAAAUGUUGUUACUGUUAUUUAAUAGUUUCAAUUAAUUAAAGAUACUUUAUGUUUAUAUAAAUAAAUACAAGAAUAUAUGAGGCUAUUGAAGCACGAGUACUAUUAAAAAGUGUUAUUUAUAUAAUUGGAAUAACUAACAACAUUACAGUCUGUGGUAAACGUCACAUAAAAAGAUGAACAGCAUGGAUAUCACGUUAUCUUGUGACGCCCGUAGCACCACUUGUGCAGAUUAUUCCUAAAUAUCUAAAAUAUAUACCGAAACACAUGUUGUAAUGCGAGCUGUUUGGCAGUAUAAUAACUAACACAAAAAGACAUAGGUACAAAGUUUGUCCGUAAAGUUUACAAUAUCAUAAUAUAUACUAUGUAUACCUAGUAUUUAUAUACCUAUAAAUUUGUGACAUCGUGUGAAUUUUUCGGGUUCGACCUGUAUUUCUUAAUCAAACAGUCUUUUAUAUAUGAUCUACAAAAAUAAGUCAAUAAAUCUAAAUGUUUAAAAACUUUAGAAUACGCAUGCUAUCGGUACGUGAUAUCAAUUGAAUCAUACGUCAUUCUGUCACGGAAAGUUUAGAUUAUGUUUCGACUUCAGUUUUGACGUCUUUAUUAUAAAAGAUGCUCGUACAUAUUAAUCUUUCUAAUAUUAUAUAUGCAAAGUUUCAGAGUAUGGACGAAUGACUGUUUGUUACUCUUUUACUUAACUUCAAAAACUUUACAGUAAUAUAACAUAUACAUCGGAAUAAAUAUGAUAGUAUGUAAAUUCUAAUAAUAUGCACGAUUAUCCUUUAUAUUAAGACACACAGUCAUAAAAAGGGAUCAGAUAUUUCAACUGAGUAUUUUAAACAUUAGAAUCUAUCUACGCCUUACGAAUAUCAUCGCGUCCGUAACUGACCUAUGGCAAUAUGGCUUUGACGUGACCAAUCCGUGUAACUAUUAUUAUGCGCACUAUCUUAUUGUGAUUUACUGAUUAAGCAAGUUACGCAUACUUGUUUUCGUUUCUUUGUAUAUCUUAUUAUUGUGUUGUUUUUUUAUUAGUGAGGAUAUAUAAUAUUAUUAAUAAUAGACUUACAACGGUUGUUGGUUGGGAAUUAAAUUUCUUGAUAUUAUUAUUCUUUGUAUAAUAAUAGUUAACAUAUCUAUCAGUAAUUAAAUAUUUACUAUUAGGAAUUCUAAUUGAAUCUGUUAAUUGUAAAUACCUAACUGGUAUGUAUGUAAAUUUUUAUCUAUCUAUCUAUCUAUCUAUGUACAUAUACGAUAGAUUACAUACAUAUCUUGUUUCGUAUAAAUGUGUACAAAUAGUAUGUAUAAUAAAUUAUAAGAAAGAUUGGUAACUGAUAAGGUAAUAUAACGUACUAGAACACUUAUAUAUUUUACUUAUUAGUAUGAGUACUGGUCUGUUCAGGUUGGCCAUUGAUUAGACUAUUUCCUUUAGACAAAAUUGCAAUAGCAUAUGUUGGUGGUCACUCAAUUCUCCCUAAUUAAAUUAAAAACAUGUUCAUUUCAAAAGAAUAAGAGCCGAGUUUCUUGUCUGUACUUAGAUCGAAAGCACUCCAAACUGACGGUAGAUUGCAAUAGACUACCAUAAAUUAAUAUAUUUUGUAUUAAUUAAUUCAGCCGACAGUUGCGUGCUAGCAUUCAAGAUCAUUAUUAAGUAUUAUAACACAAUAUCUUUGUGUCAUAAUGGCCUGGUAAACAAGUAUGAUGUUUUUUUUCUUUUAUUCAAAACAUUAAUGGGCUGCCUCUAUAACUAUAAAUAAAUAUAGACCUUUAUAACCAGGUGGACCGUAGGCUGAUUGACAGCCUUGUUGUCAAAAAUUAAAUGAGUAAAGUGCAAAGCAUAUUUUAAUUAAUAAUGCAUGUAGAAAUUAAUAACUAAAUGGAACAAUAUUUGGAACGUAUUAAUCUAUUUUUAUACGAUAUAUUUUAUCAAUUGCUAACAAAUAUUAUUAGCGGUUUUAUUCAUUAUAUGUUAGGUAUGUGGACGGAGGCUUUAUGUGUAUGUUCUACAUAAAAUAUCAAUAGUAUGUAGGUAUCUAUUAAAAUGGUAAAAACAUUUUUUAUGUAAAUAUACCUUUGUUGUAUACAAAUAAUGAUUACUUUAAGGAUUAGAUAGAUUAAUAUCUAUCAUCAUGUUAUCAAUGUUAAAUAAGCUACUUAUUUAUUGCUAGUCGUCUGCCAAACCUACUAUAAUUUAAAAAAAGUACCAUACAUUUUGAUACUUACAUAGUUAUUUUUAUUCCAUGGAAUAACUGUGGAACUUAAAUGUUCUUAGAAAAAAAGAUUUGUAAGCUAAUGAUAUCAAUUUCACAUGAGUAUAGAAAAGAAAUAUCUGUACAUACAUACAAAGCUAUAUACAUAUAAUUGUCUUACUGCAGUCUCUCUAGAUAAUUGCACCACACUGAAGGUUGUUGUUUCGUUCUAACUUAUACAUGUGGUGUGUGUCGUGUUGUGUGAUGUAUGUUUCUUAAGUAGAUAGGUUUGUGUUCAUAUAAGUACAUUCAUAUUUCAUACUCAAUUAUAGUUAUAAAAUUUAACUUCAUUGUACAGUAAUUGUUUAAUGUAAUGUGUCAUUGCCAUUUUAAGUAUGAGUUUAGAUUGUUAGUUGAGCGUUGUGAUAUUUUACUUUGUGUCGAAAUGAGGCACCGUAAAUAUAAACCAAAUAAUAACAAUGAAGUUAUUUUAUUAUGUGGAAACCUGUAAACUAUAUCGGAUUAAUUUUUCCUGGAGAAGAAAAUUUUCUUUUUUUGUAAUUAAAUAAAAAUUUAUAAUAUGGUUAAAUAAUUUGUUUAAUGUUUCUGUUUCUAAUUCUUAAUUGUAUCAACUCUUUUAUUUUGUAAGAUUAUUACUGUUAUCGCAAUUUGCGCUGUCUACUGAUGAAAUGUGACGAUUAUAUGUUUAAUUAUAAUGCAUUAUGCAUGUAGUAUUACUAUAAUACUUUUGAUCUUAUCUAGAAUACUGUAAAGGACUAACCUCAAAUUAUAUUACAAAGGUAAAUGAUACAUAAAAUUACUAAUGAAGUUGUAGCCAUCUUUUUUUAAUGAUAUUUCUCAUAAUCAUUUAACAUACAUUAAUAUUUAUAUGUUACCUUCUCAUUAUGGUUCGAACACUAUACGAACAUUUCAUUUAUUACUACAUUAGUUUUGACUUUAGUUAAAUUAUGUAUGAUUAAUGAGAGCAUUGUUGCCUAGUGGUUUAUUACCUGAAUUACACCCAAGAGGUAGUGAGUUCAAACUGGGCCAACAAAAAAAAAUGCGCACAUGUCACGUGUUGCGUUCACAACAGGCCUUUGACUAGUCCAUCUGAGACACCAGUCGAAGGAGUCAUAUGUCCAUAUAUGAUUAAUCAUCUCAGAAAUCUUUAAUUUGUGUAUAUAAAUAUAGCAAAAUUGUUAAUUGUUUACAUAUUAAUAAUAAUAACAGUAAUUGUAUA